CUUCUCCCAGAUUCCUUCCCAGAACACAAUUCUUUUCCAAAUAUUUGUAGUCAAGCCGCCAAAGUGGAGAGUGUUGUUGCACCAGGGGUUCCUUCUCAUUUCAGAGUGGGGGGAGGAGGUGGGGGUGCACCUCAGCACUUUCCCAAGGCUGAAAGCAAAAGCGAGUUCCUGGGGAAGGCCCCAGGUUCUGCCGCUCAGAGAUGGAUACCUUCUCGAAGCACUAGGCGAGAGGCCAGUGUGUCUGCUGAGAAAGUGCAGCAUGAUGCAAUCUUCAGAAAAGUGAGGGGCAUUCUUAAUAAGCUGACACCUGAGAAGUUUGACAAACUGUGCCUGGAGCUCCUCAAUGUGGGUGUGGAUUCUAAGCUUGUACUGAAAGGAAUUAUCUUGUUGAUCGUUGACAAAGCCCUCGAAGAGCCCAAGUACAGUCAGUUGUAUGCUCAGCUAUGUCUACGCUUGGCAGAAGAUGCACCAAACUUUGAAGAUCCAGCAACAGAAAAUCCUGCAACAAAAAAGCAGAAUACAACCUUCAGAAGACUUCUCAUUUCCAAGCUUCAAGAUGAGUUUGAAAAUCGUGCCAGAAAUGUUGAAGUCUUUGACAAACACGAUUGCCCACUCACCUCUGAGGAGGAGGAACAGCGUGCUGUUGCGAAGAUUAAAAUGCUUGGCAACAUCAAAUUCAUUGGAGAACUUGGGAAACUCCACCUUAUCCACGAAUCCAUCCUCCAUAAAUGCAUCAAAACACUUCUGGAAAAGAAGAAGAGAGUCCAAAUUAAGGAUAUGGGAGAAGACCUGGAAUGCCUCUGUCAGAUAAUGAAGACGGUGGGACCAAAACUUGAUCAUGCAAAGGCUCGGUCCCUGAUGAAUCAGUACUUUGACCGCAUGCAGGCCUUGACCAACAACAAGGAAUUACCUGCAAGGAUUCGCUUCCUGCUGCAGAAUACAGCAGAGCUGCGCGAGAACAACUGGGUGCCUCGUAAAGCUUAUUUUGACAACGCACCAAAAACGAUCAGUCAAGUUCGUCAGGAUGCCAUAAAGGACUUGGGUGUCUUCAUUCCCCCUCAAUCUGAUGGCUCGAGGUCUGACUUUUUCAUGGAUAAUGCCUUCCUGGACUGUUCUUUUCUACAGGCCAGGAUCAGAUUUGACAAAGAAGGACUUGGGGGGCUUUCUGAUAUGUUUGGACAAAUGCCUGGAAUUGGAAUUGGAACAGGUCCUGGAGUUAUUCAGGACCACUACUCUCCAACUUUGGGCCGCCACCGCUCCAAUCCAAUUUUCAAUGGCCAUAUUGGGAUUAACAGUUUGCAUCAGCCCCCGUUUGAUACAGGAAGCAAGCCUUUUAUCAAGCCAAUGCAGGGUCAGAGUUCACCAGUUUUCAGCCAUAAACAGAAUGGCUCUGUUCAGAUGCAGUCUAAGGAUAUGGGCCCACGCUUUAGCAAGAAAGGGAAGCUCAAUGUUGAUGAGAUCAGCCUGAGGCCAGCACAGUCAUUCAUCUUAAACAAAAAAGUGCCAAAGCUGCAGCCACAGAUGACGAUGAUGCCGCCAAGUGCCCAAGGUUCCUUAAUGGGGCAGUCCCCACAGCUUGGUCUUAAAACCAGUCCUCCACCGAUUCAGGAAAAACCCGCAAAGUCCACCAAAAAACUACCUCCAACUAAGGAAGAGCUGCAGAAAAUGACGGACACGCUUGUUGCUGACUAUAUGAACGGCAAGGACGUCAGUGAGGCUGUGGCCACUAUGAAGGAGAUGAAGGCUCCUAAACACUUUUUAUCUGAGAUGUUGAACAAGAUUGUGGUGUCUUCGCUCAGUCGUUCAGAUGACGAUAAGGAACUUGCGAGCGCCCUGAUCCACGAGCUCUGCACAGAGGGCCUUGUCACAAGCGAGAACCUUCUGCAGGCCAUUCUCGGUGUCCUGGACCAGUGUCCCAAGAUCGAGGAAGAAGUCCCUCUGGUGAAGUCGUACCUGGCUCAGUUUGCGGCACGGGCCGCCGUCGCUGACCUCAUCAGCAUGACUGAUCUGGCCCACCAGCUGGAGAACGGCGCCCAUUUCCCGCUCUUCCUGCUCUGUCUGCAACAGAUGGCCAAGCUCAAGGAUCGCGAGUGGCUCGCCGAUCUCUUCCAGAAGAGCAAGGUUAACAUGCAGAACAUGCUACCUGAAAUGGACCAGAACAAGGACCGGAUGCUGGAGAUUCUGGAGGGCAAAGGCCUGAGCUUUCUAUUCCCACUGAUGAAGCUGGAGAAGGAGCUUCUGAAGCAGAUCAAAGUGGAUCCAUCUCCACAGUCCAUCUAUAAGUGGAUUAAAGACAACAUAUCUCCCAAACUCCACACUGACAAAGGCUUUGUCAAUAUCCUCACAACCAGUUUCUUGCAGUACAUCGCCUACGAGAUAAACCCUGACGAUGACGAAGAGCAGCUGGCGUCUCCUAGCAAGGAGCAGCUGGAUGAGGAGAAGCAACUGCUGCUCUCGUUCAAGCCCGUCAUGCAAAAGUUCUUGCACGAUCACGUUGAGCUGCAAGUCAGCGCGCUCUACGCUCUGCAGGUCCACUGUGAUGCUAAACACUUCCCGAAAGGCAUGCUGCUGCGCUUCUUUGCCUACUUUUACGACAUGGAAAUCAUUGAAGAAGAAGCCUUCCUGACAUGGAAAGAAGACGUCACCCAAGAGUAUCCGGGAAAAGGCAAAGCGUUGUUUCACGUGAACCAGUGGCUCACCUGGCUGGAGACCGCCGAAGACGAGGAAUCGGAGGAUGAAGAUUACUAAGAUCCCCCCCCCCCCCUGCGUCGGAAUUUGAUUCCCCCCCCCCCCCCCCCCC